AUGUCGAUGAGCCUUCUCGAGAUUCGGGAUCUGCAGGUACGCCGGGGUGGCAUACCCGCGCUCCGCGGCGUGACCCUCGAGGUGGGCCGGCGGGAGGUGGUGGCUCUUUUGGGAGCGAACGGCGCCGGCAAGACAACCACGCUGCGGGCGAUCAGCGACCUCUCCAAACCCGAAGCGGGAGAGAUCCGCUUCGAGGGACGUUCCAUCGUGGGCAUCGGAUCCGCCCGCGUAGUCGAGGCCGGCAUUGCGCACGUGCCUGAAGGAAGCCGUAUCUGGCCCGACAUGACGGUGCUCGAGAAUCUGAGGCUCGGCGCCUUCGCCGUUCGGCGGAAGGGCUCGGCAGCCCGACGGUUGGAGGCCAUUCUCGAGCUCUUGCCUCGGCUCGCCGAACGUGCGGGUCAGUUGGCAGGCACUCUUUCCGGAGGAGAGCGCCAAAUGGCCGCGAUCGGGCGGGCGCUGAUGGCCUCUCCGGCACUGCUGCUCAUGGACGAACCAUCGCUGGGGCUCUCGCCCCGCGUGGUGGACACUGUGUUCGACACGAUCCAGGCCAUCCGCAAGGAGGGAGUCGCGGUGCUGCUCGUAGAGCAGAACGUGAUGCGAGCGCUCGAGAUCGCGGAGCGCGGCUACGUGCUCGAAGGCGGGAAAAUCGUCCGUCAGGGAACCGGAGCGGAACUCCUCGACGAUCCCGAGGUGCGGCGCGCCUAUCUCGGGAGAGCCGCAGACAGCAGAAAUCCCGGCGCCUGA